CUCUCUUCUCUCUUUCUUAAAUUAAAGGGGUUUCUGUCAUCUCUCUCCCUUUCUCUCUCUUCCUUUCUCUCUCCUUCGGUUCUCUCUCUCCUCUCCCCUCUGUCUCUCUCCUGAAGGCAAAAAAAAACCCUAAGAUUUGUUUACCAACAAUUUAUUGAUGGAUGACGACGGAUUGAACAUGAGGAACUGGGGUUAUUAUGAACCUUCCCUUAAAGGGCAUCUAGGUCUUCAGCUGAUGUCAUCGGUGGUUGAUCGAGAUACGAAACCUUACCUUACUAGGCGUGAGAACCCAAUUAUGCUUGGUGCUAAUGGGGUGUUCCAUUCUCGGGAUUCUAUCAUUCCAGAAGCUCCUUUAUCUCACAUUGAUUAUGUAAGGGACAGUUGGAUAAAUCACAGAGACAAAUUUCUUCAUAUGUUUCCGGGGAAUGCUUAUACUUCAGUUCUCCCUGAUGCUUCUGCAAGUAAUUCCAUGCAAAUGGUACAACAACCUGAUACAACUAAGGAUGUGAGGGUGAAUGCAGAGGAACCAAGUGUUAAGAAAGAAAGUGGUCCUUCAAAGAGAAAGACUGGUGGUGCCACUCCUAAAGCUCCCAAAGCGAAGAAGUCAAAGAAAGCCUCAUCUGCACCUAAGGAAAAUGGCAACCCCUCUGUUCAACGAGCAAAACCAGCAAAGAAGAGCAUGGACAUUGUAAUAAAUGGAAUUGAUAUGGACAUUUCUGUCAUUCCUAUACCAGUUUGUUCCUGCACUGGUGCUCCUCAGCAAUGCUAUCGAUGGGGAUGUGGUGGCUGGCAGUCAGCUUGUUGCACCACUAGUAUAUCAAUGUAUCCACUUCCAAUGAGUACUAAAAGACGUGGAGCAAGGAUUGCUGGAAGAAAAAUGAGCCAGGGUGCAUUCAAGAAGGUUUUGGAGAAACUUGCUGCGGAAGGAUACAAUUUUGCUAAUCCAAUUGAUCUGAGGACUCACUGGGCGAAGCAUGGUACCAACAAGUUUGUGACAAUCAGGUAGACUUACAUAGAGGGUACCAUUACAGACCGCCAAUGCGUUUUGUUUGUUUACUUGUAUAUCCCUGGGGCCUUUGCAGAGGUUUACUUGGUACCUUUUUGUAGUCCGUGACAAUAUAUGUUUAGACUUCAAUAUUUUAAUUCCCAGCAGCAGUUGUUUAAUUUUUCAUUUUGUUGCCUUGGUGGCUGGCACUCUGUUCUGCCUGCCAACAUUAGGAUGUUGAAAAUUUCUUUUCUUGAUCGGAUGUUUUUUAAGAUGAGCAUGUUCAUCCAUUUAAUUUUACUCCUGUCAGUUAUCUCUUUCGAAUACCUACUUAUCCAAAAAGGGAAAAAAAAAACUCUUCUUAA